CUCAAUACAUUGGAAAAUUUUUUAAUGAAAUUUAAAGAAAUUGACGAAAAAGUGCCAGCGAAAAAACAACGUACAAUCGAUUAUAAAUGGGAAAUUGUUUGGAGAAAUGUCAUUAUUUUCAUUUAUAUUCAUCUUUCUUGCCUUUAUGGAUUAUAUCUAACUCUUUUUUAUGCUAAACUUUGGACGUUCAUCUGGCACUUCGCUAUUGGUAUCAUUUCGGGAAUAGGCGUUACUGCUGGCGCUCAUAGAUUAUGGUGUCACCGGUCUUACAAGGCAAAGUGGCCGAUGAGAUUUAUUCUUAUGAUUUUCCAGACUACUGCUUUUCAAAAUCACAUUUAUGAGUGGGUCAGAGAUCACAGAGUGCAUCAUAAAUUCACUGAUACUGAUGCGGAUCCAUAUAACGCAUGUAGAGGAUUUUUUUUCUCACAUAUCGGCUGGCUUAUGGUUCGCAAACAUUCAGACGUCAUUAGGAAGGGUGCGACGAUUGACAUGAGUGAUCUGGAUCAAGACCCUCUUGUGGUCUUUCAAAAAAAAUGGUAUCUAUAUUUGAUGUCAUUCUGUUGCUUUAUCGUGCCAACUGUAAUACCUUGGUGGACAUGGGGUGAGAAUUUAUGGUUUGCAUGGCACAUCGCCGUUGCCAGAUAUUGCAUAAACUUAAAUAUCACUUGGUCAGUGAAUUCCGCGGCUCACAUAUGGGGUGUAAAACCAUAUGAUAAAUCAAUCACCUCUACCGAUAAUGCUAGUGUUUCUUUCAUAACAUUUGGUGAAGGCUGGCACAACUAUCAUCAUGUCUUUCCUUGCGAUUACAAAGCGGCAGAGUUUGGAAAUUAUAAGCUUAAUUUUACUACAGCUUUGAUCGACUUCUGUGCUUAUCUAGGUUUAGCUUAUGAUUUAAAAACUGCAUCUGCUGACAUGGUGAAGAAACGUAUUCUACGAAACGACGAAAUGAAUUAUUAACUAAUCCAUUAAUCGUAUAAAAUAAAAUAACAUCAAUCAAUUUUUUAAUUUUUA